GAUGAAAUGCAACGUCGCAGUUGCAAAUUUCCAUCGCAUAAAAGAUAAAGGGGGGGUAGGAUGCGUCCUAAAGAUCGUAUGGAAAUUGAGUUUUUUUUGUGUGUUUUGCGCUUAAAAAAAUAAUUUGACUCGCUUCUUUUAUUUGUCUAAUCCAUUUAGCUAUUAUUUUUGUAUGACUUUAACAGAGUAUCAGGCCAUGAGCUCCGACCAGACAGCUGGCAGACGGACUGACUGCUGAUGACUGCUGCUUAUAGCCGAGAGGUGCAGAUGCGGUCUGGGGUCCUGAAGCCUCUCUGAACUCAAAACCAGAGGAACCAUGGACAACCCAGACAGGUGUGCCUGUAAUGCUCAGGGGUGAGGAGGAAAGCAGCUGAGGAGGAGGAGAUGGGCUGCACCUCUGCAAAGCAGGUGUCUGCCGUGCCCAACGGUGAGGAGGGCCAGAAUAAAGCCUACAGCAACGGGGACCUCCUCUCUGACGAGUACAAGAUGAAAGGAGUGGAGAAAGUCAAGUACAUCGAUGGAGAAGAGGGAGGCGUGGACGGCCAGGACAGCACAGAGAAAAGUGCUCUCCUUGGUAAAGGUCAACACAUGGAUGAAACAGGGUCAAACGGAAAUGGAAAGAUUCUGAGCAUCCACUCCUCAGAGAGUCAACAAGAAUUCUUCAGGAUGUUGGAUGAGAAAAUUGCAAAGGGCCAGGACUACUGCUCGGAGGUGGACGAUAUGACAUAGCACCGUGGUCGUGUAUCCGUCGGUCCCAAUAUGAAAGAACCGUCAUCGCAGUGUUACGGAUGGACCGUACCAUGUGUUACCAUGUGUGUGGGGGGGAACUGUCCCUUGUAUGAACACGCCUGAGAAAAUGGAUUACUGACUUGAAUCAAGCACCUUCUUGCCCUCCUGCUCACAACCUUAGUUCCUGCUCAUAUAUCAACCAAGAGAGAAAGGACCACCGAAAUCAAAGGUGGUUUAGUAUUUUUAAGUUUUUAAGGGUUUUACUUCCUUAAUGAAGCCAUUACAGGAUGACAGAGAGCUUUGGGAUUGUACGAUACACUUGCUUUUCUUUCUUGGAUAGCUGCGACUUCCUUAUAGACAUUUGAAACAUUCAGACUGUUGCACAUAUAAAUGUACAGCAGAAGCAACCUGAGCUCUCGAGGACACUCAAAGAGUGAAAAUAAUGUCUCUAUCUGCAUCAUUUCAUCCUUGAAUCCCUGAAAGGUCAACAGGUCGGACACUUCCUGCAUUCCAAGACACAGUAUGAACCUCUUUUCUACAGUAUGUUGGCCAGUACAGUGUGUCCGUCUGUCCAUGUCUGUUUCUGCUAUGAUGUAGAGUAUUUAUGUUGAAUAAGGCUCAGGGUUGAAGUGUUGUAAUCUUUGUCUCAUGUAGUCAAGUCCUUCCUCUCAUUAAGACACUGCUGCACCAUUAAAGAAGACACUCAUGCACUCACACAGCGGGGUCACUGAUGUCCCUCCUGCUUCAGUAUAUGUCCCGUGUUGAACCUACAGGGUGGACACUGCUACGUCACAUACGAGUCUGAUUAUGUAUUUCGCUCACCAGUGUUAUGUUGUUGUGUUCAGUUUCUAUGUUGAACUUUUGUUUUUUUAGAAAAAUAAAAACGUGUUUUCAGUAACUUA